AUGUGGGCGCGGCCGGAAUUCGAACCUGACGAAGCAUCUAUCUCUAUGAUCGCGGCCUGGAUUAGGAUUGAUAAGCUUCCAUUGGAUUAUUAUGACCCAGGAAUCCUACAUGUAUUGGGCUCACAGGUGGGUAGGGUGUUAAAAAUUGACUCGAACACGUCGAAACGCAAGAAGGGUAGGUUUGCACGAAUUUGUGUAGAACUCGACUUGAACAUGCCCUUGAGGCCUUUGUUACUGAUUAAUGGAAAAGCUAAACGGGUCCAAUAUGAGAGUAUUCACCUAAUAUGCUUGCAUUGCGGAAGGUACGGGCAUGAAGCAGAUCAGUGUCCUCACAAGAAAAAUGACAUGAUGAGUAAUGCAGCAAAGGAAGGUGUCCAAGAUAAAACAUCGAAGCACACAGGAGAGGCAGGAAACACAAGCUCGCUAGAAUCUCUAGCGCAGCCGAGUGGGACGGCGGAGUCUGGGAUGAGUUUUGAACCAUGGAUGAUGGUUCAACGCCGCCAUCGUACGAGAAGGUUGAAUGGUUCAAACGGGAAAGGGAGUGUAGGGUGGCAGGAUCAACGGAAUAACGGAAUAAGGGCACGAGGAUGUCACUUCAAUACGUUGGAAGUGGAAGAAAGAGAAAUUAUGGGCGAAUCAUUAGGGGCUAAUCAUUCGAAGAUUUUGUCAAUGGACUCGAAUAUUGAUGAUGCAAGGACUGGGGGAGGUGUAAAAGAUUCGCGAGUUGGGCCAAGGACAACCUCCUCUGUUGGGCCAAGUAAGGGUGCCAUGCUGGUGGGGUCUGAAGAAAGUGUGGGGCAAGAUCGGGCUAGUGAUGGGGGAGGGAGCUGCUAG